CGUAUCUUAUCGGUUUCUCUGUGCUCCAUGUGGGUGAGUGGGAGGGGUGGGAUCCAUGACGGGAGGCACGGGAAUGUUUGGUUGAAGAGGUACCGGCCAGCGCUGGUUAGCUGGGUAUAUACAUUGGCGGUACGUAUUUCUAAUUUUGUCAGGUUUGGUGCUCGCAACCCAGGACAAAGAGGGGCAAAAGCAUUUUUCCUCGUUCCAUCAUCUCCCACCCGACCAGGCUUGCGACAAACAAACACCAUCAACCUAAUAAAACAACAACAAACCUCACCAACCGACCACCUGUCGCUUCGCUGACUGCGAUCUGACCCUCGCCGACUGCGAAUCGCCCUUGCGAAAGCCUUGCCGUCCACUAGCCGAGUCGAGCUUUCCCCCAAGACUCCGCGACAGUUUUGCCAACAUGUCGAGUGCCGAGGCUACGGACAAGCCGGCCGAGACCGUCCAGAAGGCCGAUGAGGCUGCCAAGCAGACCUCCGAGCCCGUCACCUCGGCCGCCGUCUUCUCCAUGUUUGGGGGUGGUGCAAAGAAGGAGAAGAAGGAGGAGGAAGACCGUGGCGAUGUUUCUGGCAGCGCCAAAGCCCAGCGGGAGGCCGCCGCCGCCGCCGCCGCCGUUGGCGGCGAUGAGGAAGACCAAGCCCCGGAGUCGCAGGACGUCCAUUUCGAGCCCGUGAUUCGCCUGACCGAGAAGGUCGAGGUGAAGACAAACGAGGAGUCUGAGGAACAGGUUUUCAAGAUGCGCGCCAAGCUCUUCAAGUUCGUUAGGGACACCAGUGAGUGGAAGGAGCGCGGUACCGGAGAUGUCCGGCUCCUCAAGCACCGCGAGAACGGAAAGACCCGUCUUGUCAUGCGCCGCGACAAGACCCUCAAAGUUUGCGCGAAUCACUACAUUGUCCCCGAAAUGAAGCUGUCACCCAACGUCGGUUCAGACCGGAGCUGGGUUUGGAACGCUGCCGCCGAUGUCGGCGAAGGCGAGCCCGAGGGUGUCACCCUGGCUAUCCGCUUCGCCAAUUCUGAGAAUGCCAACGCUUUCAAGGAUGCUUUCCUCCAGGCCCAGAAGGAAAACGAGGCCCUUUUCGGGGAGGCUCAGGGGGACUCCACUAGUGCCGAAGAGACGAAGGAGCACAAGAAGGAGGAGACGCCGGCCGAGGCAGCAUGAACCUCCACGGCGGAAGAGACGGAAAGAGCGCGGAAGAGAAAUGCAUCCCCAAAUGUCAUAGCAACGAUACACUCCAGUCUCUCGCUUCAACAAUGAACCGGUCAUGACCCUCUGGAGCCGCGGGCUCUGCCCUGGCAUAGAAAUCAGAGUUAGCGACUAUCGUCACAGUGGUUAGCCGUGAUUCACAUUCUACUCGCACCUGGGCCGGCUUUUCUACUUCGUUCCCUCUCCGCCCUUGGUGGACCCAGAUAAAAAUUUGGAUGAUGGACUUGAAAACCGACCUGUGAGCUGAGCGAGAGGGCGACCAUGCCGACUGAACAAACAUAUGCACCCCCACAAGGUUACGCCAAUAUAUCUUCUACAGAUCCAAAGACAGCUUUGUAGUCAGACACCCGCACUGGGCGUCGUCGCCAGACCAACCGGACAGAGUCGCAAGCGCACCAAACAUGAGUGGUAACGGGUGGAAUAUAUACAGACCGGUGUUCCGUUCAACAGCCGGACCCAGGUUCUGGACAAAUAAACUGUAUUGUACCGGCAUGAGAUCAAAUGCUGGUGGCA